AUGGCUGCCUCGGGGACUUCUGGGGCUUACGACCACCUGCUGAAGCUGCUGCUGAUUGGAGACAGCGGCGUCGGCAAAAGUUCUUUGCUGCUGCGCUUCACAGAAGACAAAUAUGACGAGCAGCAGCUCUCAACCAUAGGUCAGCAGCAGCAGCAGCAGCAGCAGCAGCAGCAGCAGCUGCUGCUGCUGCUGCAGCAGCAGCAGCAGCAGCUGCAGCAGCAGGCGCUGUCUGAGUGCCGUUUCGCCCCCAGAACCCGCAGCAGCGCCAGCGGGCGCGCGCCGCGAGCUGCCCUCCCCCGCAGCAGCAGCAGCAGCAGCAGCAGCAGCAGCAGCAGCAGGAUGUGUUUGCUGCUGCAUGCAGGGGUGGACUUUCGCGUGCGCUUUCUUGCUGCUGCGGGGCUGCAGCUAAAGCUGGCCAUUUGGGACACUGCGGGCCAAGAGCGCUUCCGCACUUUAGCUGCUUCUUACUACCGCGGCGCACAGGGAGUCAUUCUCGUCUACGACGUGAGCAGCAGGUCGAGUUUCGAAAGCUGCAGCAGUUGGCUGCAGGAGGUGGAGAGACACGGCACAGUUCCUGGCUGCGUCAAAAUGAUGGUGGCCAACAAAAUAGAUGCAGAGCGGGAAGUGAGCACUCGGGAGGGGCAGCAGCUGGCAGCAACUUUGGGCUGUCUUUUUGUGGAAACUUCCGCCAAGACUUCCGCGAAUGUCUUUUUGGCUUUUCAGGAAUUAGUUGAACAAAAGAUGCUGCUGCGGCAGAAGAUGCUGCUGCGGCAGAGGCAGACGCUGCAGCAGAAGCAGAAGCUGCAGCAGGAGCAGCUGCUGCAGCAGGAGCAGCUGCUGCAGCAGAAGCAGCUGCUGCAGCAGCUGCAGCAGCCGUUGCUGCAGCAGAAGCAGCUGAUGCAGCAGAGACAGCUGAAGCAGCAGCAGCUGCAGCAACAGCAGCAGCUGCGGGAAGUAGCUGCAGCAGAAGCAGCUGCAACUGCAGCAAUGGGAGCUGUAGCAGAAGCAGCAGCAGCUGCAGCAACAGGAACUGCAGCAGAAGCAGCAGCAGCAGCAGUAGUAGUAGCUGCAGUAGCAGCAGUUCUUCCAGCAGCAGCAGCAGCAGCAGCAGUCUGGAAUCCUUUUUUCUGA